GCGUCAGAGUUGGCCAUAUUAUUUGGUGAAUUAUUCAAGGUUCAUCUCGUCCACAUUCUCUCUCUCUCUCCUCUCUCUCUCUCUCUCAGCUCAUUUUUAAUUUCAUAGUUCAUGUUCUUCAUCUUUCUUAAAGACAAAAAAAAACAAGGAAGAAGAAGAAGAAGAAUUCCCUAUCUUGCUAGAUCUUCAUUUAUAUAAGAAGGUCUCAAAUUUUGAAGAAGAAGAAGAAGAAGAAGAUGAAAGGGAUAACAAUUCAUCAAUAUCCUUUAAAACACCAAGCUUUGGAGGAGAACAUGUCGAAUCUAACCUCUCCUUCUGGGGAAGCCUGCAGUGUCUCAUCCAACCAACACUACUCCUCCUUGGCCUCCUCCACAAUUCCAAACUCAACCAAGAAGAAGAGGAGCCUCCCAGGAAAUCCAGAUCCAGAGUCUGAGGUCGUGGCACUGUCCCCCAAGACGCUGAUGGCCACCAACAGGUUUGUGUGCGAGAUCUGCAGCAAAGGGUUUCAGAGGGAUCAAAACCUGCAGCUCCACAGGAGGGGCCACAACCUCCCCUGGAAGCUCAAACAGCGGCCCAAGGAGGUGAGGAAGAAGGUGUACGUCUGCCCCGAGCCGACGUGCGUCCACCACGACCCUUCCCGGGCCCUCGGCGACCUCACCGGCAUCAAGAAGCACUUCAGCCGGAAGCACGGCGAGAAGCGGUGGAAGUGCGACAAGUGCUCCAAGAAAUACGCCGUCCACUCCGAUUGGAAGGCUCACUCCAAGAUCUGCGGCACCAGGGAAUACAGAUGCGACUGCGGCACCCUUUUCUCAAGGAGGGACAGUUUCAUCACUCACAGAGCCUUUUGCGAUGCACUGGCAGUCGAAGGUAGCUCCGGGGGCAUUUCAGCAAACACCAUGGCUGCAGCCCGCCGCCACCCACUUCAGUUAAUCUCCCAUCCGGCGGCAGCAGCAGCAGCAGCAUCACAUUCACUCGAGCCCUUCUCUCUCCACUUCCACAGUAACCAACAAGUGCAGCAGAUGAAGCAGUUCGGCACUGUUCUUCCACCAUGGCUAAACUACCAAGGCAGCACCUCAUCCAAUUCCCUCAGCCAUCUCGAUUAUCUCGGCGACCAGCAUGAGUACCCUAAUCAUGGCGGUCCUCCUCCUCCUCUUCCUCCUCCUCCUCUUAAUUUCACAGUCACUGCUCCACACAUGUCAGCCACUGCGCUGCUGCAGAAGGCAGCUCAGAUGGGUGCAACUCUGAGCACUGGUAGACCUCAAAUGGCACCUCACGCAGGUGCCAAUGCUGCUGAUGGUUUUGGCCUUGGCUUAAUGGAAGCCAGUGGCGGCGGCGGUGGUGGAGGAGGAGGAGGAAGCUAUGGACAACUAGUAGCACCUCCUCACCUCCUUGAAGAUAUGAUGAUCAUGAACAACAACCCUCUCUCUUCAUCAACUAAUCCAGGGUUUGAUGGACCAUUUGAUCAGGAUGCAUUUGAUGGAAUCAUGGGAUCCAAAAGGGAAGGGAAUAACUUCAUGGUAAGAACACAAGGCGGCGGCGGCGGCGGCGGCGGCAAUGAUGGGAUGACAAGAGACUUCCUAGGUCUAAGGGCAUUUUUCCCACAAGGUUAUCCUUAACUUGUUGAUAGGUUGGUGCAAAAAUUAUACAUUGAAGGAGAUAUAAUAUUACUGCAGAAUUUGAGGGGUAUAUAUCUUAUUAUUCCUUGUUAGUUUCUUGAAUUAAUAUUUGUACUCCAAAAAUGGAGAAAACUUGUUGUUAUCUCUGAAAAACAGCAUAGCUAUAUCCAAGAAUAGUCCAUGCAAGGACAUUCUUGUUAUGAGUUUUUUUUUAUUAA